AUGGCAGCUUCAACACAGCGCGCUCUAGAGGAACUCGAGCGCAGCCGUGUGCAGCUGCAGCAAAAUGUCGAUAAGCUGCGCAAAGCCCUCUCCCACUGGACGACCUGGGAGGCUGAGUAUGAGACGCUGAAAGAAGAGAUACAAGCCGCCGGCGAUCCUUCGCCCUCACAAAUACGUGGGAUGGCACGCGAUCUCGAACUUACCCUGCUGGACCAGAAGGAAGUCGAGGAGCUACUCUGCAAGAACUCGCCGUCGGAACGCACUGCUAACCAAGUUAUUGACAUGAUCUCUAGACGCAUUGACUAUGUUCGGACGAGUAGUGCUACUAUCGAGAAGAACCUCGACACCGCCGAGAAGAAACUUGCUGGCGUCGACGUUCUGUUGGAGCCAGGCUUGGACAACGAAGAAGGCGAGCCUAUGAUGGACAUCGAGGAAGAACUUGAUGAUGAGGGCAACGAAGUAUCGAGCUCGGUCAACCAGACAGGGAAGGCUGCAGCUGAGCUUGUUGAGGUUCUGCGCAAGGCUGGGAUCCAGAAAGCAGAGCUGGACAAGAAGAACGCCCAAGAAAAAUCUGCAGACACGCCGUCUACAUCCGCACCAGCUUCAAAGACUACAUCGGAUUCGAAAUUUAUUUCACCGUCUUCCGAAUCCGCGCCUGACACGGCUGACGCCCGACUUUCAGAACCAGCGUCUUCAAAGAAGUCUGUGUCCUUCGCCGAACAAGUCGACGUGGAACCGUCACCGCAAGCGACACAAGACACUGACGAAGAUGCAAAGAUCGCCGCGCUUCUGUUUCCAGAGGGCACGCGUGCUGUCGAGCUCGAUCAGGACGACGCCGACUUGUCCAAUGCCAUCAUACCAAACGAUGAGACCCCAGAAGAAGCCGAGUUGAGAAGGCAGAUGCUGCAAUAUGGAAUGUCUGAAGUCGGACAGAUCGUCGCUGAACUUGAUCUGGAUCAGCCUACUGCGUCAUUUUCAGACGAGGAAGAUGACGACGAUUACGGCGACUACGACACUGAGGAUGAAGAAGACGAGGACGAAUAUGGCCGCAGUACUAAGCCUGUCGUCACCGAAGAAUAUCGGAAGCAGAUGAUGGAGCUUGAGAAGAAGCUGGGUGCUCGCAUGCUUGAGAAUGUAGGGCCUGAGUCGGGCAAGCACUCUCUCGAAGAACAUAUUGGAGACAUUCGCACAAUGCGUGUGAAGAGCGACGAUCAGUUUGACGAAUCUUUGGGAUCUUCCGCGGCGGCGCCUGCGCCUGCGCCUGCUGAUACAAAGAAGGAGCAGAAGAAAGGAGUACGCUUUGCUGAAGAUCUGGACAUCUCUGAGGCGCCAAAGCCACUACAGAAACCAGUUGGAGCCGCCCAGCCAACUGUCAAAUUCACUCCGACUAUCUCCGAUACCAUCGUCGAACGGUCUGCAGUUCCUGUAGCACCAGUGGAACCACCCAAGCCUGCCAAAGUAUCCAAGUUUAAGAGUGCUCGCGCUGCGACAAACACUCUCCCCCAGAUGCUGCCGACCCCUGCUGUCCCAGAAGCACCACCUGUACCAAGUGGCCCUGCUGGACGAACGCUCGCCAACACUAUAACCGAACAUGCUCCCUUACCUUCAGAACCCCAGGCGCCUGACGAGUUUGAUGCAGUUCUUCUGAACCGCGAGAUUCAAGCAGAAUAUCACAAAGCGCGGAAUCGGUUCAUACAGCGGCAAGGUGGAUUCAAGGCUACUGAAGAAGAUGAAGAGAGCCCGAUCGUGGAAGAGCGAGAUGGCAAGACGAAAAAGGUGAGCCGUUUCAUGGCGGCCAGACUCAAGGCCGAGGGUAUGUAA